UCAUCGUGCGCCUAUGUGAGAAAUCUACCCAGCCUGGAUAGGAUGUGGCGGCGGUGACUUCUUUCGCUCGGACUGGCUAGUUAGGCACUCCUCUAGCGUCUAUCCGUCUGUUCUCUAUUAGGUAGCUUUCACUUUAGGAACAUUUCUUCUGCGUGGACAGCUUACGUGGCUGUCGCCGCCUUCUCCUUCAUUUCUAAUUCACUUCCAGUUUCCACCAGCUUCUACGUCCUUCAUGUGCUGAUCGAUUGCGAAUUUCUUUGCUGUUCCUUCUUUCAUUACCAUCUUUCGCGGAGUAUGGUCGAGGCGACUUUCAAAAAACAAUCGUGGAAACUUUCAACCAAGUCGGCCUGGACCAUCGACUUGAAAUCGCCCCGAAACCGUUGCAGACGAUAAACCGGCGCCCAUAAUGCGGGAGAUCGACGCUCACUUUGACGCCUAUGUGCAUCUCAAACACCUGCCUCGCGAGCAAGAAGCUCUGCUCUUGCUUCGAAAAGCUGCAUCCGCAGUGAAACCGAUGAUGAGAAAACGAGGAUGGAAGGUGGGAUCUUUGCACGAGUUCUUGCCGGACGAGCCGCAAUUACUGGGCCUGAACAUCAACAGAACGGAGAGAAUUCUGCUUCGUCUACGCUACCAUCAUGACUCUAGGCAGUUCUUACCCAUGGAGCAAAUCACAGAUACUCUGCUACAUGAGCUCUCUCACAUUAUCUGGGGCCCGCAUGAUCACAACUUCAACAACCUCUGGAAUGAGCUCCGCGAUGAACAUCAAUCCCUCCUAGCUAAAGGUUAUACGGGAGAAGGCUUCCUCGGCUCCGGUCAAAAGCUCGGCGGACACCGCAUUCCACUCGAUGAGAUGCGACGGCAGGCUCGCAUUGCAGCCGAAAAACGGAGAGCUACCACUAAUCUGAAUGCCGGGGGUCACCGACUAGGAGGGACGAAGGCUGUGCGCGGGGUUGACAUGAGGAAAGUAAUUGCCGACGCAGCAACGAGACGGAACAGCAUAACUACAGGAUGUGCGAGCGGAAGCGAUGCAGCCGGAAGGUUGCAAAAUCAAGCCGUCAAGGGCGGAUUCCGUACCAAAGCCGAGGAAGAUGACGCCAACGACUUAGCAAUAGCUCAAGCAUUACAAGAGCUUAUGGAAGAGGAAGAGAUGAGGAAACUAGAACAGCUCUGCGCGCCAAGCGGCGAUGGAGGUCUAGCCUGGGACCGCGAGAAUGGCCUCCAAUUCGACAGUAACCCGCCUUCACGCAACUCGUCUCCACAGAACCCUCCUUCUCACUCGGCGAAUCCGUCAUCCUCACGAGGUGGACCCAACAACUCGUCAGGUCGCCCAAUCUCCCGCCUUGUCACCGAAUACGAGACCUCUCGCACGAAGCCUCUCUCGCACUCAACCACCCGCUCACCAACAACGCCCAUCUCAGGCUCAACACCCACCAACCCCAUAACCUUCCCUCCCUCCCCUCCCCGUCCCAGCUCGCCAACAAAAUGGUCCUGCCCCCAAUGCACCCUGCUCAACCCAUUGGACUACCUCUCCUGCGAUGCCUGCGGCCUCGAACAACCUCCCCAACCCAUCCCGCGCCACCAACAAUUCGGCUCCUCCCUGCACGCAGCGCAAUUGCCAAAGCCGCCGCCGGCGUCGAGCCUCAGGGGUCCGGGAGUGACACCGUUUGAACCGGCGAGGGGACGGUUGGGCUGGAAUUGUCUGAAUUGUGGGACGUUUAUGGAGAAUCAGUGGUGGACUUGUACGCUUUGUGGGGUUAUGAAGGCGGAGAGUUAGGGUGCUAGCGGUGCAUGCGUGUGUGUGUGUGUGGUUUAGCGUGGCGUUGGGGCUGAUAUCUUAGUUCGAUGGGGAAUGGUUAUUGUAUUUUGCGGAGAGGGAUGAUGAGAUAUCAGAUAUGGUGAUCUUCUGAAUCUGAUGUUUUGGUUUUCCAUCGAGAGCCCCCUUAGAGGAGUUGAUAGACGAACAAAUAAGAUAUCCUCGCUGACGUGGUG